GAGUAGGCCAUUAUUAGGCGAAUACCACGCCAUGAACUACGAGGAAUGCCUUCAUUAAAUGCAAAGUGGAUCCAUCAAAGUUUCAAGAGAAAAGGAUCAAACGAAAAUGCAUUUUUUUUUUUCAAUGAGAUUUCAAAACAGAAACUGGCGGCAACUGCGCCGACGCCAAAGUUUCCGAUCUCAGUCACUGAGGUCACUGCUGUAGACAACAGUCAACCUACCCCAAUUGUUCCCGCCAGCGAACACGUGAGGGUUUAGUGCAAAAAGGGUGGCUAGAUUUCAUCAGUCGCCCAGUCGGUCGUUAGCUUUCGAGUCGUGCGCAAUCCAUUGGAUUCCUCGAGUCCGUCACUUUUGCACGAUUUUACAUGUCUGUGUUAAAGUUUUUUGGUUCGCUCUUUUGCCAACAAGCCGGAAUUUCAUAGUUGACUGGGAAACAAAAGUGCCACGUCAGCAACGUCGACUGGUCGUCGUCUUGUGGGGACAUUCAACCGGUUGAAAGCAACAGAUUUCCUUGUAAAAAUUCACCCUCGUCUACGAAAAUAUUCCAAGUUGAAGUGGUUCAUCUUUUUCGUCGUUGGUCAUGAAGUUCUGCAUUCAGGAUCUAAUAGGAGUGUGAUGCUACCGAGACGAUCCCUUUGCUGUUAAACAUCAGCUCCGAUCGUUUGGACUCAACUUGCUUUCGCUGGACAUUGCCCGUCACUUCCAGCAUAUUCAGUGAAGCGACGAAAAGAAAAAUCCGUAUUGAUCGAUGAUGGAUCGUCAUGGAAUGGCUAGACGAUCGACGAUGAUCCUGGUGUUUGUGACAACGGCCCACUUCUUCGUGGUUUCACUCGUCAUGGUCGAGUCGUCGUCUUCUUCGGCUUCCCUGCUGCCCAUUCCAGCAGAAGUUUUUUCCCGUUCGACGGACAAAAUACUGGCCAAUACCAUCGGCACCUCAGAAGAUGAAUCCAUUAAGUUGGAGAAGGUGUCGGUGCUGAGCGGAAGGACAGCCGAACUGCCGUGUGACAUUUCCCCGCCACCUCUCGACUCUCUUUACCUCGUCCUGUGGUACAAAAACGAUUCGGAUUUCCCCAUUUACAAGUACGAUGCUCGUCGUUCGAGGGAAAGUUAUCGCCAACAACAGACGCAGCACGACAGUCAAAUGCUCUUGUUGCAACAACAGCAAGAACAAGGCCAAUACACGGCUGCCUCAACAGCAACACGAGUCCAUUUCCAAUUCGAUAGUUAUCCGGUGGCUCUUUUAUUAUUGAACAACGCGGCCGAUCACGACGAGGGAAUCUAUCGAUGUCGGGUCGAUUUUGGCCGUUCGCCAACUCGCAAUGUCCUCGUUCAGCUCACCGUCGUAGUUCCACCUGGGAAGAUUCGGAUCAUCGAGGACAAUCGUCAAGUCUCGUCGGUCAUUGGCCCUUACGACGAAGGGGCACAACUUUCGCUCAAUUGCAUCGUCACUGGAGGUCGACCACGUCCAGAAGUCAGUUGGUGGUUGGACAACAAAUUAGUGGACCACACCUUCAUUGGCACGUCGGAGAACGUCGUCCAAAAUGUUCUGGUCAUCCCGCAACUUCAACGUCACCACCUGCACGCCAUUUUGCGUUGCCAGGCGUCAAACUAUUUUGGUGCGCGCAACACCACGUCAACGUCCCAUCUUGGCCUCAAUUCCUAUGGACAUCACAAUCGACAACAACAAAACACGAUCGUCUCCAGCGUGCAACUUGAUCUCAAUCUGAAGCCGACGUGGGUGACAAUCAGCGGGACAGAGAAACCGUUUUCUGCCGGCAAAUGUUACACGAUUGAAUGUUCCACUGGUGGAUCACGUCCAUCCGCCAGUAUCCAUUGGUACCUGCACUCGAUCCAACAGCAACCAACCAGAGAGCGGAUAACGAUGGACGGACGCAACACGACGAGCACGUUGAAGCUGACGCCGACGGCCAAGGAUCACGAUGCCGAAUUGAUCUGCUCAGCGUUCAAUCCCGCAAUGAUUUCAACGUCUAGUCACAACAGCAGCGAUGGCAAUAAUUUGAGCGACAGGACCUCGUCGUCGUCGUCCAUCGAGACUCGUCGAAAACUUGUCGUCCAUUUUGCUCCAACGACGGAAUUGGAACUCGGUCGCAAUUUGAAACCGGAUUCAAUUGUGGAAGGCAACGACGUCUAUUUCGAGUGCCGCAUCCGCUCCAAUCCGCCGCCGCAUCGCAUCAUUUGGACUCACGAGGGUCAGACUGUACGAGAAAAUGCGACAGCUGGAGUCCUUGUGGUGGAGCAAAGUUUAGUCAUCCGGCGAGUUUCUCGUUUCCAUUCGGGCCGCUAUUCUUGCACGGCCAUCAAUACGGAGGGAACUGGACUUAGCAACACCGUCCAGUUGCGCGUCAUGUUCCAGCCGGUCUGCCGUCCAAAUCAGAAAAUCAUGUACGGAGUGGCCAGACAGGAGACGGCCGUCGUCCGAUGUCAAACCGACGCUAUUCCACCAGCCCGUUCGCAUAGGUGGGCGUUUAACGCGUCGACGUCGUCAGAAGUGACCGACCUGGCCGUCAAUCGAACCCAAAUUCUUCAGCAGACACGAUUCGAGAGCAGCCACGUCGAGGAAGCGGCAGACGCGCUGGAUAGCGUUUUCUCUUAUUCGCCCCAAUCGGAUCGGGAUUACGGAAGUCUCCUCUGCUGGGCUCGUAACGACAUCGGCGAACAACGGGAGCCUUGCGCCUAUCGCAUUUUCCUUGGUGUUCGUCCCGAUCCGCCCGUCAAUUGUUCAGUGGUGAACCAAACAGCCGACGCCGUCGAAGUUUGGUGUCGUCCGGGAUUCGAUGGCGGCCAAUCGCAACAGUUCCAGUUCGAAAUAUUCGACACCCAAUCUGCCGUUUUGCUUUACAACAAAUCGGGAAGGUAUCCGCAUUUGAGGGUCGGCAACUUGGAAUCCGGUCUCAAACUGUUCAUCCAAGUGUCGGCAUUUAAUCAGCGCGGCAGAUCUGCCCUCGUCCCUUUGGAGGCCUACACCGUCAAAAUCGCUGACAAACAAACAGUUAUCAUGGAAACGACGGACUUGAGUUCGGUGUUGGGCAUUGCCGGCGGAGUCUCUGCCUCCGUCUUAAUUGUCUGCGUAGCCAUCGCUUUAACGACUAGGUUCCGUCGUCAUCACCGCGCACCGAGCAACUCGACUCAACAUCAUGCCCACGGCAUCCAACAUCCAGUUGACAAGAGUAAAAAAACAGACAAUCAACCGUACGACUUGGAUGCUGAUCCCGACGUUAUCAUCAACAGUCAACUUGUAAACGACAUGCAGCAGGUGAAUCGCAAUGCCUCCAUCCAAAGGAGUCACCGGAGUAACAAUGCAACAGCGAGCCAACCACAACAGUUAUUGAUGGUCGUCGAUCCUACACGUCCCUUCACUAGUGCUGGACAUUCACAUCCUGCUCAUUACAGUCCGACGGCUGUCGGUGUUACGACGAAUAACAUUGAAGUCGUGGCUGUGAAAUCGCCUCACCGUCACAAACAAGAUCCUGAAACGUCUAUUUGAUUUUUUUUAAAUGGAAGCGAAUGCAGCACAUUCGACAAGAAACACGACCAAAGCUUCUCCAUUGUUUACAUACUUUCCGCCAUUUCGCCGAAUGCUGUGAAAUUGUCUUAAAAUAUUCUCAUUGAUUCCUAGUCUGUGAUGAAGAAAACUUCUGGCCCUUGCUCGAUCUAUACAUCCCGAAAAGAUGUCUCUCAGAUUUAACCCCCGAUAUGUGCAUCGCAAUUGAUGUUAGUCACAGCCAACAGUGAUCUUUGUGCUACUUUGAAUAAAAAGAUGUUUAAGGUAAAUGUUUUUGUUAUUCGGAAAAAUAAGGCAUUUUAAGGAACGAAAUGAAAUACCCCACAUACCAAUUACUCUUGACAGUCAAUUUCUCCCUAUUAGUGGCAGUUUACCUUAAUAUCGAACAUACUAUUGAGAUAUGGACAAGCCAUUUAUGGUAGAUCGGUACUUCGAGACGUACUAAUCCACAUUGAGUUUUCGGAAGGAUCCUUCGAUGCCAAAGAGAUCCUGGGCCGUCUUAGAUUUACCCGGACGGCGUGACUCGUCGACGCGGAAGUUUUUUUCUGAUGCAAUGAGAAACGCUCUGUUGUCUUCAACUUUUUUCUUCCAGCAAUCUAUCAGCAAAAUAUAUGAAUAUUUAAAAUAAAAUGACAACUAAUCGAAAGAAGCCCAACACGCGCCACACUAGGAAUAAUAAUUAUGAAAUCACCUGUGAGCUCUGCGAAAGAUAUUCCAUCGCCCCCGUAAUCCUUUGGAAGAAUCUUCCGAUCUAUUUCUUUGUAUAGCGAUUGGAAAUCGGAACCAUGGAUCUUUACCUAUAAAAAGUCAAACGAAUUUGGUAUAAUUAAAAUAACUUAUUUAGCUCCUUUCGUUUAUCAUACCCUUUGUUUUAUCUUAUCUUUGAGCAUGUUCAUCACCACGCCAUAUACCGAGUGAAACACUGAAUUUGUUCGAAUAAAGUGGAUAGUUUUUGGACUAAUAGGAGCACUCUACAAGUAGACAGACCAUAUUUUAGACAGUUUCACUCAUUCCUCUUUUGAGUGUUUCAAAUUAUUAUUCAAAUACCUGCAAAAAACACAACUGUUUUUUACUCAGCGCAAGUGGCCUUUGUGUGAAGUGAUUCAACGUGUAACCGUGGCAAUCUACGAUUAUCACCAUUCCCGUAACAAACAUUUGUUCUUCCUCUCUGCCCAUGAUAUCAAGCACCAUGAAAUUGGCUUUUUCUAUAUCUUCUGGUUUGAAUUGGCAUGGAUCGAAGCAUCCAGGACGCAUAACGAUCACUUUUCUGCCAUGCUUGUCAUAAUUUGGCAAUGGGAGAUACGACCUAAGUGCAAUAUUUUUUUUUUUUACAAUAAUUGUAAAAUUCAAUACAUGCUUUACCACAGUUCAGUAAAAUAUUAGCGAAAUGAUAAACAUAAAAUAUUAGUGUAAACCCAUUCAAAUCAGAUUUUUUUUUUUUAAUUGUCUUACCCACAUGCAAGAGCCUCUUGUAAUCUGGGUUUCAAUGGGUCCCUUCCUGAGAAGAAUUCUGGCAAGGCUGUUCUCAGAGUGUAUUGCAAAUCUAUCUUAUGCUUCAUCUUCUCCAAGCUAUACUUGCACCCACGGGCAAAACACACGAUACUGUAUUCAUCUAAAAUGAAAUUUAAUGUAGUGAUAUUGCUAAAAACCUAUAUCAUUCCAAUAUCUCAAUCGAUAAUGUUGAGAUAUGUAACUAUGUAAUGUGUGCACAUUGGGGAAUUACCUAAGAGUAUAUGUUGCAAAUGUGGCUGCUUUGCCAUCCACUGGCGAAUUAUUUCUAUUGCCUCUUGUCGUCGUUCUCCAUCCUCUCCUAAUUCAGAAGACGCCACUUUAAGAAUAACUUCAUUCAGUUUAGUGUGGAAGGGUUUGAUUUUGAUCGACAUUUCAGAGGUACGGCCAACAAGGCAUAUGAACACUUAAUGAAAACUAGUCCAGCCAAGUCAAGAAUAUGAAUCUUGCUGGCAGAGUGUCGAAACAAGAUUACAUGAUGGUACUUUCUUUUCAUCUAGUAGGUCACCCAGUGGCUGUCCAGAAAUGCGGUCGAAGAGAAACUGUUUCGUCGUCUGCAAAAGAAAACAUAGCAUUGCACGACUUCACAUUCUUCCCUAAUAGUGCAAAAAGUUGACUGCUGAUGGCGCCAUAAAGUCACCUCUUGGGAAAAGUGGGGACUUCUCAGAGCUUAGGUGCCAGGUACGGAACGCCGUUUGAUCCAUUUUUUUAUAGACAGCUCUUAUCGCUAGCUGAUCGUUUAUGUAGCAAAUAAAUAGCUAACUAGCAUUGCCAUCUAACGGUAAAAAAUGACACUAAUAGAAUGGAUUUGAAUUGACCACACCUUCAACGAAGGAGGACUGGAGGAGUCCACUACAUAUUGAAUUUAUCAAUCGAUUGUUAGGCCCAUUUCGAUCGCUACUGUACAGUCAAUGGCGGCGAAGCGCAUUGUAAGUUUGUAACUUGGAAGUGUAUGCAUGUGCCACUUGAUGUGGUGUUGCAUGUAGGAGGCCCCGUUGGCAGUACUCUGAGUGAUGGUGACAUAUGCUAUCUUACUGACUUCUACUGGUUUUAUUUGUGGAAAGAAUAUCUUGAGUGGGAGAAUUGGAUCACAAUUGACUACAUAUUUUACUAUUUUAAAUGAGUUUAUCACAAAGAAUUUUUUACUCAUUCAUGUUCUGUUUCUGUAAUGUAGGUAGAAUAAUCGCAAUGUCGUGGUAGUAAUUCGCGAGAGAUAUGCCAAUAGGGUUUCCCUAUUGACAUACUGAUACAGGCCUGUUUUCAAUUCUCAAUCGUAAUGGAUUCGAAGAGGAUAUUGAUGGAGUUUUGGUAUAAAAAAGUAUAAGUACAUGCUCGUUGGAAGGGCAACCAAAGAGUUCCGUCGGAUCCUUUUACUAUUGCACAUAUUAUGUGUGUGUAAAACUAAAGGCUAAAAGAGGAAGAAGAAUGAUUCAAAAGUUCUGGGAGAGAAUUAUCAAAGAAUUAUACUCGUUUAGCUGUUUUUACUGUGCGUGGAACUUUUUUGGUCGAGACGUUAUGGGUGUCUUAAAGGCACUGAAGGUUGCGUUAGAUGUUAUAAUCCACAACAAAAAGGAAACGCUGAAAAUCCCAGGUGACGAUGGGAAUUAGUGGCAAUGUUACGGUGUAGAUAACUUCAGAAAGUGUGACGCUAGCUGAUGUAAACCGCCUAGCAGGAAAAGGUUGUGAGAGUAGCAGAAGAAGAGGAAAUUGCAGUAAACCCGGUUUUGAAAGAAGCCAAACAUUCCGAUGAUAUGGGAGCCCAGCCUGUGGAAAGAAAAACCCUAUGUUUCAGAUAGAAAGACCAAAGGAACACGUCGUUCCUCAGCUACUUCUGAGGACCACUGUCACCGAAAGAAAAUCCCCUCGCUUAUAGACUCGGAAGUUGAAAGCGAGAUCAAAAAAUUUGCGACAACGAAGCAAGUCCUCCACCGUUACAGACCACAAUGUGUAAAUGCGUCACAUCCGGGAAAUUAAUACUGCAGUAACCAGAGCGAUAAAAAAAUUGGCACCAACUCGUACAUAUCAGAUUUUGCCGCAAAGCAUUCAAGAAUGGAGCUUAAUAGCUUGCAGGACUGAAGAAAAUGAUAAAAAAGAAUUAGAACAAAUUUGCUGGCAGCAAAACAAACCACGGGAAGCUCAGGAAGAGCUGGAUCUUAAACAAAAGUGCUCAAAAGGAACUAGAUAACCACAGCAAAGGCUAAAAAAAUUAUGGUUGACAUAAACUUUCACGAAGAAGCAGUUAAAGUAGGCGAAAGGGAAUCGAGUGCGCUACUGUCCCGUGCGUCACUUGCGGCAUCAUUAUUGCGGCAAGUAAGGCAUCCGACACAUGGGGAUGUUUCAACAAAUAAAACAAACGGGGUUCGGUUCAAUCUUUUAAACCAAAAUAGAGUGCAGUAAUAAGUUCCAAAUAUACUGGAGGCGACUUCGUGCAUUAAGUCCGGUGCAUUGCAAAAAUCUUGAUAAGAAAACUGAUGUAGGCUAUCGGUAUCCUGUAGUACGAGAAGUUUACCGAUAGGAAUCCAUCGGCUUCUUCACGCGCUGAUGCCACAAAGAAGAAUCAUCACAACAAUUUCGAAAUGGUUCAUCAGUUGCGCGUUUACGGCCUUGUUGUAGAGGUGUCCUAAGGUCUUUGGGAUCUACCUGAUGUACUGUGGUGGCUGCAAAAUCAUUUAAUGACUUGGUUCAAUCCAGGACUUGUUUUUUUCGAUAGUGGUUUACAGUUUUAAUUUGAAAAGAUCCUGGAGGCACCUGAUGUGUUUCAUUGGCGUUGGAGUCAAUCGGUUACAGAAGAGAAUGACACUAAUGUUAUGUUUUCAGUGUAAUUAAAGCAUUUCCAGUAUCAUUCUUGUGUUUGUUGAAUUAUUACCUCAUUCAACGGAAACAAAGGAGUUAAAGAACGUAAUGGUUAAUUCCUUUUGUGAUGGCACCAUGUGAAGUUAGUUUGUUUCAGUCAUUUUUUCAAGUGAUCGCACUUGAAGUCAAUCGGAAUAAAGAAAACAAUUUUUUCAUUGAUG